ACUCACAUUUCAAAUUGUACGUUACAUCGAGUGCACGUGUUAUGAGGCUGAACUUUAAGUUCAAAAAUCUUUUUGGAACAGCCUACAAGUGUGGAUCCAUUGUUUUUACGAACAAUGGCUUGGGUCUUUUGAGCCCAGUUGGCAACCAGAUAACAGUUUUUGAUCUUAAGAAAGAUGAAGUAGCAUCUAUUGAUAUUUCCUCGUUCCACGAUGUGCACCACUUGGCGUUGUCUCCUUCAAUACCUCUUCUAGUCGCCAUUAAUGAGGUUGGUGAUGCGUCUUUAUGCUCACUCUCCACAGGAGCUGUGAUAUCUGUGUAUCCUUUCAAGGGAGUGGUCUUGGCUGUUUCCUUCAGCCCAGAUGGAAAGUUCUUGGCUGUUGCAAAAGGUAAUAAUGUGAUGCUUUUCUUCGCACCCUCUCCAAACCGCCAGUUUAAUCAUUUGGAACUCUAUCGCGUGUUUUACGGCUUUACAGAUAACGUUACUUGUAUUGAUUGGUCUCGUGAUUCUAGGUUUUUCAUUGCUGGAUCAGUCGAUUCCACUAUCCGGUUAUUCUCGGUGUACAAUAUACCCAAAAUAUUCGUCUACACACUAGCUGGACACAAAAACCCUAUUAUGGGGGCAUUCAUACUUCAUAACUUUGUAAAUAUAUUAACAGUCAGCUCUGAUGGCGUAUUAUGUUUCUGGGAGGCAAACGUUUCUCUUGAUCAGAUGAAGAGCAUUGAUGACUCAAAACCUGUCUCAUUAUUUAGGAUCAGCAAUAGAUACCGUUAUACAAACUCUAACGAAGUGCAAAUCAACGAUCCCGUUAGUGCAGUGGCAUUUCAUAAAGAUUUAAAAAUGCUUGCAACUGGGUUUGAAUCAGGGUUACUUUUACUACAUACAUUUCCAGACUUCAUAAUAAUCAGUGAAGUAAAUCUGUUCACUAACAGUAUAAGCAGUCUAACGAUUAACCGUAAUGGUGAUUGGAUUGGUGCAGGUUCAGAGCUAUUCGGACAAAUUGCUGUUUGGGAAUGGAGAUCGCAAUCCUGCUACCUACGCGCUGAUUCCCAUUCUAAGGAAAUGACUAGUUUGGCGUACUCUCCUGAUGGUUUACAUUUGGUAACUGGGGGUUAUGAUAACAAAGUGAAAGUUUGGCGUAUAUCUGGUGGCAGGUGUGUUGUAACCUUUACUGAGCACACAGCUGGUGUUACUGGAGUUGCAUUCCCAGCUCAAAAUUCCAAAGUCGUUUUGUCAGCCAGUUUGGAUGGGACCGUUCGCGCUCAUGAUUUGAUUCGCUACAGGAAUUUCCGUACAUUCACUGUGCCUACUCGUCGCGUUCAGUUCUCGUCGUUGGCUGUUGAUACGCGUGGCUCUCUUGUUGCUGCUGGAGGUCUGGAUACUUUUGAAGCUUAUGUAUGGUCAGUUAAGACGGGUCAGCUGUUGACUACCUUAACAGGGCAUACUUCUCCCAUUAGUGCACUAGCAUUUAAUCCUGCCAUUUCUGGUAUUGAUAUCGAAUUGGCUACUGUUAGUUGGGAUUGUACGCUUCGAUUAUGGGAUGUUACAGGCAAUUCGACUGAUGAAAAUAAUUUAUCUAGUAUGGGUCUUACAAAAGAGGUUGUUAAUUUUUCAUGUGAUGCUUUAUACGUUGUAUAUCGAGCUGAUGGUAAGCAGCUGGCUAUUUCCCUUUUAAAUGGAAAUAUAGUUUUUUAUGACCCUAAUGAAGGGGUUGAAAUGGGAACCAUAGAUGGUCAUCGGGAUCUUGGGGUAGCACAGACUAGUGAGGAAGACUUAGUUACCCCACGUAGAGCAGCCGAAUCUAAGAAAUUCCAAACUAUAGCUUAUUCUGUCGACGGUGAACAUUUAAUAGCAGGUGGAGAUUCAAAAUACAUAUGUCUCUAUUCUGUUCCUGAUAAAUUAUUAAUUAAACGAUUUGAAGUCACAUGUAAUCUUUCACUAGCUGGAGUUCAAGAGAUACACGAUCGACGUAACUAUUUACAUCGUUUCAGUAUGGAAACAAUGAACGCCAAAGAAGCACAACGUCCUAGUUUGCGAAUCCCAUCAAGCAUUAAGGGUGAAGAUCGUAGUCGUCGCCAGUGGAGACCUGAAGUGAGAGUUUCUGCAGUUGAAUUUUCACCUACAGGUGAUUCAUUCGCAACUGCCACUACAGAAGGUAUUCUUGUAUAUUCCUUACCAUCUGCUGGAACAGGAUAUGGCAUAAGUAGUAUUUUUGGUGCUUCAAGCUGUAGUGAUAGUGGUUGGUUGUUUGAUACAUUAGGUAUUGAUGAACAAACCACUCCAUCAAACGCUCGUAGUGCACUCGUUCAAGGUAGACAUGCAGAGGCGUUGGACAUGGCUAUUCGGUUGCAAUCGCAUGAACUUGUUGAGGAAGUCAUUGAAUCAAUUCCCGUUGACCAAAUUGACUUUUUAGCCCGUCAACUCCCUAUCAAUCAAAUUGCACAUUAUCUCAUCUCUUUUCUUGCUCGUCAGUUGAGUGGCCGAUCACGUCAUGUUGAGUUAUAUGUUCGCUGGACACAUUCUAUACUCCGUUCUCAUGCGUUGAACUUGCGAAGAAUAGCUGCUAAUUCAGCUUUAUCUGAAUGUACGAAUUCUAAGGAGUCAAGAAAUCUUCCGAAUAACGAAUCAAUAGACAACAAAAAGGAACUUUGUAAUCCAGGUUUUUUAACUUUACAAGGUGAAUGGGCAACUUGCCAAGCAAACUUAGUUCGCUUACAGGCUAGUCUGAAUCAUGUAAAGUCUAAUAUAAUCAAACAGUGAGUUAUUUUAUCGAUUGAUCCAGAUCGUCUUUCCAUUCUCUAAAUAUUAUUAUCAUUCUUUUAACAUUUUAUUAAUCUUCUUACAAUUAAGUUGGUGUGUUUUAUACUUAUUUAUCGCUGCAUUUAAACCUAGGCUGGUGAAUUAAAUAUUUUUACAAGUGAAUACUCACGAACAUUUUCACACAGUUAACCGUCAGUCAUGUGUUGUGUGUUUCUUGGAAGUUCUGUUUUGUUGCUUAAACGAGGUUAAGUGGUUGAGUUUCAACAGCGACAUAGUUGGAGUGCGAGCUACACAUGAUCAAUUAGCUAUAUCUACUGGUAUUAUAUACUUCAUUGUGUGUAUAUUUAUAUAUUAUUUUGAUCUAUUUUGGGGUCUAUCGUAUUCGUGUUAUUACUUGCGUCGUUCGAUUCAUGGUUUCCAGUAGCAAGGACCCAAAAUGGUCAACUAUAUUCCACAAGUGUAAAAGGGUUCUACUAGAACUAUUCCAUCACUGGUUUACUAUUAAUCCUUACUAUUAAGAUAAAGCCUAUGAAUACAUUAACAUUUUUAGGUGGUUCCCAGUCGUUCGAGAUUUCAUAUUUGAGUGACCUGAUAUAAUUGAACAACUUCAAGGUUUUCAUCUUAGAACUGAUUUUUUUCCCAACAAUAUAUAUAUAUAUAUAUAUAUAUA